AUGCAGGAGCCCGGUCCUGAAGCUGAGAAGAGAAUUGACACGCUGAAAGAAGAUGUAAGAAAGAUGCUAAGCAAUGCAGCAGGAAAAGCAACAUUGGAAGAACUAUCGACUCUUAUUGAUAAUCUUCAACGCCUUGGCGUGGCAUAUCACUUUGAAUAUCAGAUCAGCCAGGCCUUACAGUCAAUUUACAACAACUAUGUUGAUAGCAACAAUAUUAAUGGUAGUGAUGACGAUGAUCUGUAUACAAUUGCUCUUCGCUUCCGGCUUCUAAGGCAACACGGUAAUUCUGUGUCAUCAGAUGUAUUCAAAAAGUACGUUGAUGAUAACGGUGAAUUUAAGGCCACAUUGUCAAAUGAUGCAAGAGCUUUGUUGUGUUUGUUUGAAUCAUCGAAUUUGGGAAAGGAAGGAGAAGACAUAUUGGAACAACUCCAGCGAGUUUCUACUAGGCAAUUGAAAUUAAUGUUGCCUCAUUUAAACUCUUCUUUCGCUGAGGAAGUGAAUCGCACCCUAGAGCCACCCUUGCACAAAAGGAUGCCGAGAUUAGAAGCAAGGCAAUAUAUCUCUAUCUAUGAAGCAGAUGCAGCUCGAAACGACCUAUUAUUGGAGAUAGCGAAGUUAGAUUUCAAUUCCUUACAGAAAUUGCACUGGACAGAGCUCUGUGACCUCUCAAGGUGGUGGAAAGCCAUCUAUUUUGCGACAAAGCUAUCUUUUGCAAGGGAUAGGUGGGAAGUUUUGGCUGCAAAUGAUUUACCCGAAUAUAUGCAAGUAUGUUACUUUGCCCUCUUAGUCGUUGUGAAGGAAAUGGAGGACAACCUGGUGAAUGAAGGACGAUCUUAUCGUGUACAUUAUGCAAAAGAGGCAAUGAAAGCCCUGGUCAGAGCUUACUUUGUGGAAGCAAUCUGGUUCAACACAAAGUAUGUGCCAACAUUUGAAGAAUACUUGGAGAUUUCCGUGAUGAGCAGUGGAUACCCUAUGCUUUCUGUUCAAGCUCUUGUAGGUUUAGAAGAAGUAGCAACUAAGGAAGCCUUCGAUUGGGCUAUUAGUGUUCCCAGAAUCCUCAGGUCUUCUGCCUUAAUUGCUCGUCUCGUUGAUGACAUCCAUACUUACAAGGUUGAGGAAGAGAGAGGGGAUGCGCCAUCAGGAGUGCAAUGCUACAUGAAAGAUCACAAUGUGUCCGAGGAAGAAGCAUGCAAGAAAAUAAAAGAAAUGGUGGACAUUGCAUGGAAAAAUAUCAAUGAAGAAAUUCAAGAACCAAACCAUCCUCCUUUGCCGCUUCUUCUUCCAUCUCUAAAUCUAGCUCGAAUGAUGGAGGUGUUAUAUCAGAAUGGAGAUUGUUACACCAACUCCUCGGGGAAAACCAAGAAGAGAAUUACAUCAGUACUUGUUGAUCCUAUUCCCAUGUGAUCAUGUACAUCUUAUUUAUUUGAUUUCCAA